UACCCGACAACAUGGAAGGUGACGACGGCGGCGUCGCUGUGGCUGGCCAUGGGGCUCUGAGCUCUCGAGCUGCUGCAGCGACAGUACGGGAGCUUCUGCAGGACGAGUGUUAUAGUGAUUUUUUAAAUGAAGACUUUGAUGUAAAGACUUAUACUGCCCAAUCUAUUCAUCAAGCUGUAAUUGCUGAACAACUAGCAAAACUUGCCCAAGGAAUCAGUCAGUUGGAUAAAGAACUACACCUACAGGUUGUUGCAAGGCAUGAAGAUUUACUGGCACAAGCAACUGGGAUUGAGUCUUUGGAAGGUGUUCUUCAGAUGAUGCAGACAAGAAUUGGGGCAUUACAGGGAGCUGUUGAUAGGAUGAAAGCAAAAAUUUUUGAGCCAUAUAAUAAGAUAGUAGCCCGUACUGCACAACUAGCAAGACUUCAGGUUGCCUGUGAUUUGCUUCGGAGAAUAAUUCGCAUCUUACAUCUCAGUAAGAGACUCCAAGGACAGCUGCAAGGGGGAAGUAGAGAGAUAACGAAAGCUGCCCAGAGUCUCAAUGAACUUGAUUAUCUUUCUCAAGGAAUAGAUCUUUCUGGAAUCGAAGUAAUAGAAAAUGAUCUACUUUUUAUUGCAAGAGCUCGACUUGAAGUGGAAAAUCAAGCUAAGCGCCUACUGGAGCAGGGUGUGGAGACUCAGAAUCCAACCCAAGUUGGAACAGCUCUUCAGGUUUUCCAUAAUCUUGGAACAUUGAAGACUACUGUUACCAGUGUCGUGGAUGGAUAUUGUGCUGCUUUAGAAGAAAGUAUCAACAGUGCGUUAGAUAUCAGAGUUUUGACUCAGCCUUCCCAGUCAACAGUGAGAGUUUUGUCUUUUCCAGAAUGUCGUAUAGUUGGAAUUAUAGAGCAUAUAUCCUUUUCAGUGCUGAUGCAUAUUUCAUUGUAUGGAGGUACCAAGAUGAGGUACCAAGAUGUCCAUCCACCUACUGAAGGACAUCUUGGUUGCUUCCAAGUUUUGGCAAUUGUGAGAAAAGCAGUGAAUGAGUGUUCCUAUUGCCCUACAUCCUUGGCAGCAUUGGUGGUGUUAGUGUUCCACAUUUUGGCCCUUCUUACAGGGGGACCUGGACGAUCUACUAUGCCAACCCCAGGAAACACUGCAGCUUUUCGUGCUUCCCUCUGGACCAAUAUGGAGAAACUUGUGGAUCAUAUUUGUACUGUUUGUGGACAGGUACAACAUCUACAAAAAAUAUUAGCCAAGAAGAGAGAUCCUGUUUCUCACAUUUGUUUCAUUGAAGAAAUAGUUAAGGAUGGGCAGUCUGAAAUUUUAUACACAUUUUGGAAUUCAGUUACUCAAGCACUUUAUUCUCAAUUUCAAGUGGCAACAAAUUCUUCUAUAUUUUUGAAACAGGCAUUUGAAGGAGAAUACCCUAAAUUAUUGCGUCUUUAUAAUGACUUAUGGAAGCGUCUUCAAAAUAUUCAAGGAAAGUUUAAUGCAAGUGGAAUCACAGACCUCUGUGUUGACCCACAGCACAUGGAAGAUGAUACACAAGACAUAUUCAUACCAAAAAUGCCAGAUUAUGAUCCAGAAAAGGCAUUAAAAGACUCUCUACAGCCCUAUGAGGCUGCUUAUCUAUCAAAAUCCUUAUCUCGACUCUUCGAUCCUAUCAACUUGGUUUUCCCCCUUGGUGGUCGUAAUCCUCCUUCUUCAGAUGAGCUGGACGGUAUUAUUAAAACUAUAGCAAGUGAACUAAAUGUAGCUGCUGUUGAUGCAAACCUCACAUUAGCUGUGUCAAAAAACGUGGCCAAGACCAUCCAGUUAUAUGGUGUAAAAUCAGAACAGCUUCUCUCCACACAAGGAGAUGCAAGUCAAGUGAUUGGGCCUCUUACUGAAGGGCAGAGAAGAAAUGUGGCAGUAGUUAAUUCACUGUUUAAGUUGCACCAAUCAGUAACAAAGGUGGUUUCCAGUCAGAGCUCAUUCCCACCAGCAGCUGAGCAAACUAUAAUUUCAGCCCUAAAGACGAUUCAUGUUCUUAUGGGAAAUGCUGUGCAACCCUUACUGACUUCAGUGGGAGAUGCUAUAGAGGCCAUAAUCAUCACCAUGCAUCAAGAAGAUUUUUCUGGGUCAUUAACCGGCUCAGGAAAGCCUGAUGUUCCUUGUUCUCUAUAUAUGAAAGAGCUUCAAGGUUUCAUUGCCAGAGUUAUGAGUGACUACUUUAAGCACUUUGAAUGCUUGGAUUUUGUCUUUGACAACACUGAAGCUAUUGCCCAAAGAGCAAUUGAACUUUUUAUCCGCAAUGCCAGUCUCAUAAGACCUCUUGGUGAAGGUGGGAAAAUGCGACUUGCUGCUGAUUUUGCACAGAUGGAGUUGGCUGUGGGUCCAUUCUGCAGAAGAGUAUCUGAUUUAGGAAAGUCCUAUCGAAUGCUGAGAUCAUUCAGACCACUGCUCUUCCAGACAAGUGAACAUGUGGCCAAUAGUCCUGCACUGGGGGACAUUAUUCCAUUCAGCAUCAUUAUUCAGUUUUUGUUCACAAGAGCUCCCGCUGAGCUGAAAUCCCCCUUCCAGAGGGCAGAAUGGUCCCAUGCACGUUUCUCCCAGUGGCUGGAUGACCACCCAUCUGAAAAGGACAGGCUCCUCCUCAUCAGGGGAGCCUUGGAAGCUUAUGUUCAAUCAGUAAGAAGUAGAGAAGGCAAAGAAUUUGCACCAGUUUAUCCCAUAAUGGUUCAGCUGCUUCAAAAAGCUAUGUCCACUCUUCAGUAAUAAUGUGAAGUAUUUCUUAUUCUCCAUUUUGUGCUAACCCAUUCAGGUUUGGCAGUUAAACUAAAUAACACAUAUUCUAAAA